AUGGCGGCGCUCGGCGAGGACCUGCUCAACGUCGUCAACAAGCUUCAGGACCUGGUCUUCAACACUAUCGGCAACGACUCCCUGGAUCUCCCUCAGAUCGUACGUCCCGAGCGAAGUUCGUCUACGCACCGCUCAGCACUCCUUACUGAUAACGCCUAGGUCGUCGUGGGGUCGCAAUCGUCUGGAAAGUCCUCCGUUCUCGAAAACAUCGUGGGAAGAGAUUUCCUCCCCCGUGGAAGCGGAAUCGUCACCAGGAGACCUCUGAUUCUCCAGCUCAUCAACCUUCCCUCCGAACGCAGCGACAAGCCUGACGAUCAUGAAGUACACGUACCGCACACACCUGCAUCCGUGGCAGGUCAAGAUGAGUGGGGAGAGUUCAACCACAUGCCAGGGCGCAGAUUCUACGAUUUUCAAGAGGUGAAGCAGGAGAUCGAGAACGAGACAUCGCGGAUAGCGGGCAGCAACAAGGGGAUCAACAGGCAACCCAUCAACCUCAAAAUCUACUCUCCGCAUGUACUGAGUCUGACGUUGGUCGACCUGCCUGGUUUGACCAAGGUUCCGAUUGGAGACCAGCCAACAGACAUCGAGAAGCAAACAAGGAACCUCAUCACCGAAUAUAUCGCGAAACCAAACAGCAUAAUCCUCGCCGUCUCUCCAGCUAAUGUGGAUCUUGUCAACUCAGAGGCCUUAAAACUCGCGCGGCACGUAGAUCCCACCGGCAAGCGGACCAUUGGUGUGCUCACCAAGCUGGAUUUGAUGGACCACGGCACGAAUGCCUUGGAUAUCUUGUCUGGGCGCGUCUAUCCGCUGAAACUGGGGUUCAUUGGCGCCGUCAACCGAUCACAACAGGACAUCCAAGGGAACAAGUCCAUGUCUGAUGCCUUAAAUGCGGAGCGCGAGUUUUUCCGUAUGCAUCCAGCUUACAGGAACAUCGCUACACGAUGCGGUACCCAGUUCCUGGCGAAGACUUUGAAUCAGACUCUGAUGCAGCACAUCCGAGAACGACUUCCGGAUAUCAAAGCGCGCCUCAACACGCUCAUGGGCCAAACGCAGCAGGAGCUAGCCUCGUAUGGAACUGACGCGUUCACUGGGAGGGAGCACCGCGGAUCGCUCAUUCUCCAACUGAUGACUCGAUUUGCCACCUCGUUCAUUUCCUCCAUCGAUGGUACAUCUUCAGAGAUCAGCACCAAGGAGCUCUGCGGUGGUGCAAGAAUAUACUACAUUUUCAACUCGGUGUUUGGAAACAGUCUCGAAACUAUUGACCCGACGCAGAAUCUCUCAUCUCUCGACAUUCGGACCGCCAUCCGCAACUCAACCGGGCCGCGACCUUCUCUGUUCGUACCUGAAAUGGCCUUCGAUCUGUUGGUCAAGCCACAGAUCAAGCUUCUCGAAAUCCCUAGCCAGCGAUGUGUCGAGCUUGUGUACGAAGAGCUUAUCAAGAUCUGCCAUACAUGUGGUUCGAACGAAUUGUCGCGAUAUCCUCGGCUGCAGGGCAGACUCAUCGAAGUUGUCUCCGAUCUAUUGCGGGAGCGACUUGGACCCUCGUCAUCUUAUGUAGAAAGUCUCAUUUCUAUACAGCGCGCUUACAUCAACACCAACCAUCCGAACUUCUUGGGCGCUGCAGCCGCAAUGAGCAGCGUGAUGCAGGACAAACAUGAGCGAGAGAAGAAAGCUGCGGCUGCCGAGGAGAAGCGGAAACGGGAUGCCCGUAAGAAGAAGGAGCAACUCGAAGGUGUGAACGGAACUCACAAUCCUGAAGAGGACGAAACGGAGCAAUCGAGUGUACUACCAUUGAGAAACGCGGCCAAGACCAAGGAGAGCCGAAGUAUGAGUCCAGCACUUGGGAGAGAUGGUCACAGAAUUGGCCAUAACGCAAGCGCAUCGAACGGUGCUUCUGGUGGGGGCAAAGACUCGUUCUUGAACUACUUCUUCGGUAAAGAAAGUGGACCCAGUUCGGGAGCGCUGCCAGGACAAAGUGCGGCCGGCGCAUUACACACUGCUGCAUCGCGGCACGUAAGCCAGAAUAUUGAACCCAGCAUAAGCGCCAGCUUCAGGCAUGGUGACACGCGGCGCCCGCCAGUACAAGAAAAGCCCGACUUUGAAGAACUAGAGAAGGAUGAUGGUGCUUUGGUAAGGCAAGAUUCUUGGAACAUAUACGUCUCUGUACUAAUUUUGACCUGCAGGAUGAUCCUACCGGACCGGCGCUCACCGAGCGAGAAUCUCUCGAAACCGACCUUAUCCGCCGUCUGAUCAGCAACUACUUUAAUAUCGUGCGCGAGACCAUUGCCGACCAAGUACCAAAAGCGGUCAUGCAUUUGCUGGUCAAUCAUUCGAAAGACGCUGUCCAGAACCGUCUGGUGUCCGAGCUAUACAGGGAAAGCCUGUUUGAGGAACUACUGUACGAGGAUGACGGCGUGCGAGAAGAGCGGGAGAAAUGCGAGAAAUUGCUAAGCACAUACAAAGAGGCCAGCAAGAUUAUUGGCGAAGUGCUAUGA